AUGUACACCGCGGAGAUGUCGCCCUACCCGAUGCCAGAUUCAUCCCAAGGCCCGAUGCACGCACUCCCCCUCUCGCACCCGCACUCGCACCCACACGGUCAGGUUCUUCCAGUGGGUGGGAAUGGAGUUGGAACAGGUGGAGGAGGAAGUCCAACGGCGGACAUGAUCCUACCCGAACACCUCAAGCCGAAUCCAUACAGCAUGGCACGGGCAUUCGAAGAGGCCUGGGGUGCGGGCCCAGGUGUCCAUCAUCACCACCACCACCAGGGCAGCCGAGCAACUCUCACGCACCUGUUCCCACCGCCUCCACCCCCGGCGACAUCCUCUCCAUCGAGUCCCUUGACAGGACCCGAUGGAACAAUGCACCUCAUUGCACCUCCCUGCCUCUCUCCUCAUACCCAAGCCUUUUCCUAUCCUUCCCCCUACGACCACGCUGCUAGUUCCUUCUCCGCCUUCCAGGCGUCUACUCUCUGA